AUAAAUAAAAACACUGGGCUACGCUGUACAGUACAUAGCCAUUCCAUCUCAAAGUCACGAUGUUGAAUUGUUUCAAGUACAAUUCUAUUCGUAAACUGAAACGAUGAAUUUUAAGAGGGCAGUCAGGGCAGUAAUGUUUUUGUUUUCAUUGUUGUGAAAAUUCAACAAGAAACCAUAGAUAAAAGAGAGUGGCCGCCAACCAAUCAAAACAACCCUAGCGAUCCAAACAAGAGAACUGACCACUCGGGGAAGUCCUUUUCCGUGUACUAUUUGAUUGACAGGCGCAGCGUAUGCGACAUGUCAUCUAAUUUAUGCACAGAGCACACGAUUGGCUAGCUCUGGAGAGUGUCUUUAUUAGCUUCGUUUAUUGGUUCUGGUAAUAGCAGGGAAGACAUGUCACAUUUCAUCUGUCAGCAAAAGAAAUCAACAUUAAGUCUCCAGUUUCCAACCUCAAACGCUUAGUAGCUGAAUGUCGUUGUAAUUUUAGAACGGAUCGUAAAGGCCAAAUGUUCUUCUCUUUGCUUGUAGCAUUUUGGAUGACCUAUGAAGUUGCGGGCGCUUUCUCGGGGCCCCUGGUUCCUCUGGGCUUUAGCCAAGAACCCGUGAACACAGUAGCUCGUAAAAAUGAGCCCGUUACAUUGAACUGUCGAGUGGAGGGUUCACCUCCUCCUUCCAGGAUAACGUGGGAGAAAGAUGGACAGAAAAUCGUCGCCGAUUCUAGGAGACAUAUAGCACCCAAUGGAGCAUUGAUUAUCACCAGCGUAAUUCACAAGCGGGCGAAAAACAAUACUGAUGUUGGAGAAUAUCAGUGCUUUGCGUCAAGCUCGAUGGGCAGAAUAGCAAGUCACAAAGUACAUUUGGAUAUCGCUGGCAUGUCCAGGAGAUUCAAUCAUGAGCCUCAAAGUACAACAACCUGGGAAGGAUCAGUGGCAAGAUUUUCCUGUCAGAUUCACAAAGCUGUUCCUCCCGCCACAAUAACAUGGGAGAAAGAUGGCAGUUCUUUGAGUCCUAGUGACAGAAUAGUCAUUUUGGGCCAAGGAGUACUCCAAAUAAAAAAUAUUAAGAAAGCAGAUGAAGGAAAGUAUAGAUGUAUUGCAAAAAAUGUUGCUAAAACACGACUAAGCCAGUUUGCAAGUCUUAUUAUACUGUCAGAUUUAGAUGGGAACAGAACAAGGCUUAAGUUUCUUGGUCAACCUCGCAACAUAACUGUUACUAAGGGAGGUUCAGCUACCUUAGAAUGUACUGCAACUGGAUAUCCAGGCCCGGUUGUGCGCUGGAAGAAAUUGAAUGGAAAUGUGAGAGUCCAUAGUGCAUCUCAUGGACUUAACAACCUGAAUUUCACCAACAUCCUUGAAAGUGAUGGAGGGAAAUACGAGUGUCAAGCCAGUUCAGAUGGAAAAACAAUUUUCAGAUCUGUGUGGCUUUUUGUCAGAGUCCCCCCUAAGUUUACAACAAAGCCUAGUAGUCUAAAAUGGACAACUACUGAGCCCAUUGAACUGAAAUGUGCCGCCAGUGGCUCACCUGUACCAUCACUAUCCUGGCUCAAAAAUGGCAAUGAGCUGAGUUCUCAGGAUGCAGCAAAAGUAAGAUAUUAUGAAGGAGGAGCCAUCUUGACAAUAUCCAGUGUUACCUCUAGCGAUAGUGGAAUGUACCAGUGCCUUGCAGAAAAUAAUGUUGGAAAUGCUCAAGCCACAGCCAGUGUUAUAGUUCACAGAUCAGAGGAUCAGCCGGGGCCACCAACUAAUGUAGUUGCUUUGCCACAUUCUUCAUCAUCCAUCAUUAUAAGCUGGAGUCCUCCUGUUGGCAACUAUUCAAUUAGGGCCUAUACAGUACAUUAUCGGCAGUUAGACAAUGUAAACAGCCCAGAAAAUCAAGAUGUUGUUGGCAAGGAUACUAACAGUCGCGUAGUGUCUGGACUGUUUGGAUUCACAAAUUACAGUUUAUAUGUUAAAGCAUACACCAAAGUCAUUGGGAGAGAGUCUGAAAUAAUCGUGCAAAGAACACUUCAAGGCAGUCCAUCCAGGCCUCCAGUUAACGUGAAUGUCUCGAGUCAGACACCAGAUAGUCUUGAUGUUACAUGGCAACCACCACCAAAAGACUAUAGAAAUGGCAUCAUAACAAAAUAUGUGAUUUCCUAUAAAGAAAGUAGUCCCAGAAGUCUUCAAAGUACGUUAGAAGCUCCAGGGCACAUACUAAAGAAAACAAUAAAUGGAUUGUCCAAAGGGAAAACUUACAGCAUUACAGUGUCUGCAGCUACUGUGAUAGGCAAUGGACCAGCAAGCAGACCAGUGACUGGAACAGUACUUCUUCAGUCAACCAAUGUAAUUAGUCCACCAACCCUAUGGAUAGCUGCAAAAAACUCAACUGUAUUGAAUGUAAAGUGGCUUCCUCCAAAAUAUGGUCAGGAUUUUGUAAAAGAGUACCAUUUAUUUUAUGUCCAACUUCAAGAUGGCAAAACUGAAAAAGGUCCCUUCAUUGUUGGAAAGCAACAUCGAAGCUAUACUCUUAAAGGCUUGAGUCCAGGAAGCCAGUUUGUCAUCAAAGUGAUGGCCUGGGAUGGUAAAAUGUUAGGUCUUCCAGGAGCAGUUCAUGCUGUAACUGACAUAGAUCCAGCUGCUCCACGUCCCUCACCUAAUCCCUUCAGACUACCACCAUCAGCACCAAUUCAUUUGGUAUGCAGUGUUGAAAGCCCAACUUCAAUCCUCUUAACAUGGCAAAGACUAAUGUCUUCUGAACGGAUAGCUUACUACACAGUGAAAUAUUACCCAAGAGGUGUGUUAAGUCCUGUACGUGUGGAGAGAAAAGUUUACUCUGAGAGCAUCAUUAUGGCUGGGCUUACUCCUGGAAAAGAGUACUCAAUUUCUGUUCAAUCUCAUCAUGAAGAUGAAGCAAAUGGUCUUCCUGAUGUCAGCACAACCCAAAAGUACUGUAAAAUACCUCUUACAGAGCCAAGUUCUCCACCAAGAAAUGUAAAAUUUGAAUUCAGGACUGUCAGGUCGGUAGAUAUCAAGUGGGAGCCACCUGUUGAGUCAAAUGGAGAGGUCACUAGCUAUGAAAUUUUUUACACAUAUAACAGCUCCUACCCAGAUUCCAAAUGGAUGGUAGAGACGUACCCCUUGGGACUGUUUAGCAGUUAUGCAAAGGAGUUAACUGCAACAUUAAUCGUGACCAAAGAGGACUCAACAUUUUAUCUUAAGAUUCGUGCAAAGAACAAACAAGGUUAUGGGCCUUUUUGUAAAACUGUUAUAGUUCAACCACCAUCUAUAUCACCCAGAGAAGCUCCUAACGUCACAUACACAAUCAUUUCAUCAAGUAUGGUGCAGCUCUCAUGGUUUUGUCCAAGGGUCUUUGAUGCAUUUAUUGAAAGUUUCACUGUCCUCUUCACAAAUGACAAAAACCUCCCCGAGGACAAGUGGAGGGCGCAGACAGUUGUCAUUGCUUCUUCAGAUAGGUUUCCAGACCUAGUGACAACAACAGUGACUGUGAAGCAAAUCAACACAUACUAUGUUAAAGUUCGUGCAGAGUAUGAUGACAAAAUUCCAGGGAAGUGGUCAAAGAUCUUAAAGUUAUUUCCAGACAAACCAGCACCAAAAGAUAACACGUCACUGGAAGAUCCCACCCAAGAGCCUGGAAUAUCACAAUUCAAGGAUAACCCAGAAUUUAAUGUAAAGCUUGGCAUCAUCAUUGGAUGUGCAAUCAGUGCCUUCUGUAUUGUGGUACUUCUUCUAUUCAUUGUGUGGAGAAAUCCUUGCAGAAAAGUACCUUUAAAACAGAGCAGAGAGAAAACAACUGUAAAUGGACUUCCACCUCUGAGUGGGUUUCUGCCACAUCAUCAGCAGAUAGCUGCCUCUGCAAGGCAAGAUAACAGUGCAUCAACUGAAGAAACAUCAGCCAGUUCAGGGAUGUGUCAGUGUAGAUGUACUUGUGGAGCCGGCAGAUGGCCAUUAGGACCAACAAUGGCAAGAGCCAACAACCAUUUGCCUGGUAGCAGUGAUAGUUCCACUCCCAUGACUCGGCAGAUGUUUACAAGUUCUACACCAGGAGGGGAUAGUGAAGAAAGUGGAGGUCAGCAAGAUUUCAGAAGUGAGAGAGAUCAUAAUAAUCCAGGAUCCUCCUCAAGUAGCCUUUCUGCUGAAUUACACAGAGAUGAACAGAUCAAUACAAUACCAGCCUCAUCUAGAAGUCACAUGAAGAGCAUAUCUGUUGAAGUAUGAACUGUAAUUCACCACUUGGAUGUUGUUUGUUUAAGGUCAAUGUUUCUUAGUUACGUUCUUCAAGAAUUAAGCUUGGGGCAUGUUUCAAAACUUACAGAUUUCUGUUGCAAUUAGAGCUUGCAAAACAUUUAAUUAAUGCUGGUUUUUAACGUAAUAUUGAUAAUUUUUAUAAGUAACUUAUUUCUUACAAAAAGUUAUGACAGGCUUCCUCAUCUGAUGGGAUCAUAAUUAUGUCCAUUAGUAAAUGUCAUGAUCUAUAGCUUUUCAAAAAGGGGAGCUACUAAUAAAAUGUAUUACGACAAUAUUAGUGGUUGCUGUAUUCCACAAAAAGACUUCCUUUGACUACAAACUUGCCUUUUAGUCUGCUCUACGCUCCAUUUAAACAUGAUGACACAAAUACAAAUUGAGAUGCUAUGAAAAUGGCAUGGUUAUAAUAUUAAUGUAAAAUAGAAAUGAAUAAUUCAAUGUGGUUGACUGAUUCAUUAACCACAUUUCCUAUGAAAUGAUUGCUUCCUUUAUUUUUGUACUCAGUUGAUAAUCUGAACUAGUUGAAGGUCACUCUAUUGUCAUUCAAAACUCUAUACUUAUUUAAUAUUUAUGUUCCAAACCUAUUUAUGCUUUUGCCCAGUUACUAAUAUCAGCAAUAUUGAUCAACUGACUCUGUUUGAACUGAAUGAAGGCUUGACUUAUUUCCCUGAGUAUUUUUUGAAAGCUUGAGGUCAUGUUCACCACCCAGGUGCAGUGGACUGUGUUACAUGUUUGGCUUCAUAAUGGUGAACACUUGUGGAUCAUGAGGGCACACAAAGUUUUUUCCUGGUUCCAUCCUUAAGCCAAGAAAGCUAGUUAUAUGUUAAAGUGACAACUAUAAGAUCUACCUGAAACCAAGAUAGGAAACAAUGAAGCAGCUCAAUCUCCAUGUGAUUGUAUUUUUGUCACCUUUGAUGGGGUAAUAUAUUUCUCUUUUUUGGCCUGGAAGUUUACAGUAUGCACAGCUUUAGUUAACGUGAGUGGCCUUCAUCUACGUUCUCAAAUUGCCUUAUUUUUUACGCUAUUCAAUUCUGGGAACUGAUAAAAAUAUCCUUUACAUUAUUUAAUGAAAACAGAGAUUCCAACCAAAUAGCUGUGUUACUGAU